CUGAGCACAGCUACUCGGUGUCUUGCCGAUUAAGUUGUGCUCAGGAAAUGCAGCGGCUUUCAGAGGAGAUAAGGGGUCUGGAAAGGGAACUUGGUGCCCUCAAAGUAGAAUCCAACAAGUCAAAGCCCAUGUCUAUUAAUAACAUAAAAGACAAUGAAGAGAAGAUGCUUUUAUACACAUCCCUACAGUUUGACAUAUUUGAUGUCCUGGUGCGACUAUUCGAUCUUCAUUACUAUAAUGAUUGGACACCUACGAUGGAAAUUGAUGACCAACUACUCAUUGUCCUCAUGAAGUUGAAACUCAAUUUUCGUGACAUUGACUUGGCCCAUAGAUUUUGUGUCAGCCGACCUACAAUUUCGAACAUUUUUCAUACACUUGUCCAUACUCUACAUGAGAUGCUGUUUGCUGGCAUAGUCAACAAAUGUUUUCCAAGUCAACUCAAGUGCAAAGGGUCCAUGCCGAAAUCUUUUGAGGAUUUCUCCUCUGCCAGAGACUCCAUGGAUGCAAUUGAAACCACCCAAGACAUCCCGACACAUAUGGAUAGUCAGGCCAUGGCGUACAGUAGCUACAAAAGUCGUCAUACUGUUAAAGCGGUAACUUGCGUAGCGCCAAAUGGUGCUAUUGCAUUCUGUUCCAAACUGUAUCCAGGUUCCAUCUCCGAUGUAGCCAUUGUAUCUCACAGUAAAGUCCUACAGAAGUUUAAGGCAGGAGACUUAAUUUUGGCCGACAAAGGUUUUACUAUCCAUGAUUAG